UGCCGCGGGGCCCCCAACUCAAUUGAAUUCAGUGCUAGACUAGACUAACCAGCAAUCGGAAGCCACAUGCAGCAUAUCUGUCCGCUAAUUCUCAACACUGCUUCGCCCAUACCAUACAACUUUCUUUCUACUCUCUCUAAGUUCACGCAUACAUACCGGUCGACCCGCCAAGAUGCAGCGCCUCUUUUUCGCCUUGUCCCUUGUUGCUUCGGCAGCUGUUGGUGCCCUCGCCGCAGAGGACCUCAAGAUUGACGUCACAACAGCGGUGGAGUGUGACCGCAAGACCCAGAAGGGCGAUACCAUCGAGGUUCACUACAGAGGAACACUGACCGACGGCAAGAAGUUCGAUGCCAGCUACGAUAGAAACACUCCCUUCUCAUUCAAGCUGGGUGUUGGCCAGGUUAUCAAGGGAUGGGACAUUGGCAUGGAGGGAGCUUGCAUUGGUGAGAAGAGAACCCUGACUGUUCCUCCUGAGCUCGGCUACGGUAACAGAGGAAUGGGCCCUAUCCCCGCCGGUUCGACCUUGAUCUUCGAGACCGAAAUUAUUGGCAUCAAGGGUGUCCCCAAGCCCGAGACAAUUGUCACCAAAUCGGCAAGCAGCACCGCAAGCUCUGCGGCCAGCGCAGCCAGUGAGGUGGCCGAGGAGGCAACAGAAAAGGCUUCAGAGAAGGUCUCCGAGAAGGCUUCAAGUGCCUCUGCAGGAAUCGCCGAGAAGGUUGCUAGUGCCGCCAGCGUCGCUGCCGAUGUUGCCGCAACCGUUAUUGUUGACAGCGAUGACAGCGAGGACCACCACGAGGAGCUUUAGAUUAGCAGAUGCUGGUAAUACGCUGCCGCAUGUAGCGGAUGCUAAAUAAGGCCUCCGCCGAGUUGCAAUUGCUUCCGCUGCGGGUA